UUCUGCAGCGCGCGGUCUCUGUGUGUCCGAGCGGCGAGGUUCUGGAGUUGGGCGAGGUCUGAGCGGCCGGCUUCUGUGUGUGUGGAGCGGCGAGGAGCACGGGUUCUGGAGUUGGGUGAGGGUCAGGUCAUACAAACCCAGGAACAAUGGCAGGUGGUAAUCGUGUUGAGCAGGCCCAUCCUAGCAAUGGAUAUGAUCGUCCCAGCAAAGGAUACAGUUGUGUAGAGAUAGAAGAAACAGAAAUGCAGAAUAUAAAUGAGGAACAAAAGCAGCAGCACACUUCUCCCAAUGGAAAUGCAGGAGGACACGAGGAAAAACCAGCUUCCUCUAAAUACAAAAUGGCAGUCAUUGGAAUUCUCAUUUUCAUUGUCAUCCUCCUGAUCAUCAUUCUUAUCCUCGUGUCACACAUCAUGAAAAAUCAAAAUAUGCAGGCAGUUCAAACAGGAACACCAGUGCCAUUAAACUACCAAAAGGAUGCCAUAAAAUAUCUAUCUCUUACAUGUCCACUUGACUGGUUUGCACAUCAAGGAUACUGCUACAAAGUGUCAGAAGAGGAAAAAAACUGGUUUGAAAGCCAGAAGUCCUGUAAUUUGCAGAAUUCUUCCCUGGCCAAAAUUACAGAGGAGGAAAUGCAUACCAUAAAGAUGUUGGCAAUAGAACACGGCUUUUGGAUCGGCCUCAGGAGAGAACCGAAUCAACCCUGGAAGUGGGUAGAUGGAGAAAAUGCAAAGAUGGAAAUCGUGGGAAAUGGAGGCGAUUGUGCAUUUUUGGCCAGAGAUCUCAUAGCCAUGUCAGUGAGAUGCAUCACUAAGCACUACUACAUAUGCAAAAAAAAUACCCCUAAGACUGGGUCUCAACCUUCCUAAUGCCGUGACCCUUUAAUGAGGAUCACCCUUUAAGGGUGAUUGAGCGGCUAGUCUGUAGCCGCCAUUACGGCCCUUCUGAACUUUUCCCCCAGUCAGUGCCUUUUAAUCUACAACAGCCGUCUUUCCAUCUUAUUGGGCGUGCAAGGCCCCCCCGGUUUGCCCUCCUUUGUGGCUGGGGGGUGGCUUCCUUGUUUACCAUCCUUACCAUCUACCCUAGCUGGCUCCUCCAAUUACGUUUCAUCUUUAUGGACUUAGCCUGCUGGACUUUUAGUUCUGCAUCUCUCCCCCCCGGACUGCGUCUAUUACCGUGGCUAUCAUCGUCCACUAUUACCUCAGAAACUUUACCCUAGCCAUCUUGACUAUUAUUCUUCCUAUACUAGACCUUUAGAGAAAGAGGCCUUUUUAGCUCCCUCAUAUCGUGCCGGCCUUGACCGCUUUAUUGUGCUGUUGCUCUAUGGACUUAUGUCUUUAUGUACGGAUUGUUCGCUUAUUUUAUCACCUUUUUUAUAUCUGUGCAAUUUUUCUUUGUAAAUAGUGUGGAUGUGUAUGAUUGUAAGCGAAUGAUGCCACUUUUUAAAACUUGUGUAAUUCCCUUUUAUAUUAUAUUGUUGUAUUUUUAAAUUUUUGUGGGGAUGUGAAUGAGUGAGUGUUUGGGUGUAUAAGCGAGAUUGGGAUGGGAACCGGGUUCCCCCACACUGAGUGCUUCGCAGAAGUGUUGAGGGGAUCUGGGCCUUUUCCAAUCUCAGGAUGACUGAUUCGAAGGGCCUGUCGGGAA